CAAGCUUGUGAAUUUGUUGUUUAAGCAGGUCGGGAAACGCAAGUUAAAUCAGCGAGCCAUGGGGAAGAACAACAUGCGAACCAACUCUAACAUGUCCAUCCCUCAAGGUCAUCAGAAUCACCCCAGUUGCAUGUGGGGUAUUUUUCAUGUGCUUAAAUACCAUCACUGGAAUCGCCGGUUUAUCAAGAAGAGAAUUUCUACCAAGAAGCAAGAUGCAGGGCCUGAAAAACCAAUGGAUGAAUCAGCAGGAGCCUCAAAUAGAGGUGCUGAUGAUUCAUCUAAACAUAAGAAAGCUGAAGCAGCUAGCUCUAAGAACUUGCAGGUUGAAGGGAAGAAGAAAGCUCCCAGUACCGGAUCUAAAAGCGUGACAUCUCGAUUGAAGGCACUGAUAACCGAUGAAGUGUCAAAAAGAAAGGGGCCAGGCAGCCAUCACCGAAGUUCGACAUACCCCAUACCAUCGAAAUCGGAUCCAGAUAAUCAAGUCGAUCAUCUCCCAGACAUGGAACAAUCUCAAGGGGGCUCCCUACGGUCCAACAAGAAUAAAGGUAUCUGGAACGAAAGCGGUUCCGAUGAUCAAUAUGCACCGAAAGCCUCAGAGGAACGCAUUGCCAGUUACGAAACCGAUGAAGAAUGCAGUGCCCGGAACGGUUCGAGCAAAGAAGAAAUCGACGAAAAUACUAAGACUUUGAUCGAGAGUGUCCUUUUCUCAGAGGGAGACCUUGAUGGGAAAAGGAAAGCUUUACAAGAAUUUAGUAAAGAUAAAGAUGGUCCCGGAUAUGAAUCCAAGUAUUUAAUGGACGCUUUGGAUAUAAUCAAGAUGAACCAAGGGUUUUUGUUGACGGUUUUGCAGGACCCUGACUCGCCUUUUGCUCACCAUAUUCAUAAACAUCUGGCUAUGAGUGCUCAAAUGGGGAUGCCACAAUAUGAGAGUUUCCCUUCGAGUGGUUCAACCAGCCGGGGAAACCAGAGCCCUGAUGGAACCUGUAAAGGAAAGGAGGCCGAUGUUUGUUCUAAUGGAGGAAGUUCGGGUGAUAGAGAGCCUGCAGAUCAUAAUCUAAACCAAGCAAAGGCUCAAAUAGCUGACAUGUUGUCUUCAGAUUCUUCGUCCCACGGCUCGAAUCGAUCUGAAGUAGCGAGAAAUAGAUUCAAAAGCCUUAGAGAUAAUCUAAGAUCUGUAAUCAAAGAGAGAAAGAAAGAGAGGCAUAGGAUUGCCAUGGAUGCUGUCCUUCACAAAAUACCUCACCAGAAAGGAUUUUCCAAGGACUUGACACCCGACAUUGUUGAUCAUGUCAAGGACCCUGACAAGACUAAAAAGCUUUACUCUUCGUCUUUGUCCCGCAGGGGAAGUAUGCGGCUCGAGCGAAGAACUUCUUUCAAUGAGUCCAUGGAUAGAUAUGCACAACUGUUUAAACAUAGUUUCAGUAAAGAUGCUAAAGAAGAAAGAGUCACCAAAACUAUACAACAAAGACGAGAAGAACCGAUCGGUUCGCAUAGUAGGAGCAAGAAGAAAUACAUGAGAAGAAUCCUUUCAUCUCCUGAGCUAUAUUCUUCUUCUUAUAGCUGUGAUGCAUUUUCAUUUUCUUCAGAAAUGCCAACCCCAACCCACGUUGAAUAUAGCCCUUAUGAACGAAAAUACUUAGAAUCAGAGGCUUUGGGUUAUAGUUCAGAACUAGAUCGCUUCGAAAAAACCGAUGAUGAACAGAAGAACUCGAUGAUCAUAUCAGACAAUAUUUCACAUAGUGAACAAGACGGUAAGCCUGAAAUCAUUCCUCUUACAAAGCAGGAAGAACCAAGUUCUGAUGGGCCAACAGACAGUUCUGCAGAGAGUUCAAAAGUACAAGAAACAGAGAUAGAGACAAAUCAAAGCUUCGAGCGUCCGAACCAAGAACUCGACAUUUUACCCAAUCUGCAACAUGAAUCAAAGAAUAUCCUUAAGGUGACCGGUGGAGGCAUAAUUGAGUUAGAGCAAUUAGAGGCUUUAAAGAAGGAUAUAGAAACAAUUGACAAACCCGAAUUUGCAUACGUGAAAGAUGUGCUUGAACUAUCAGGAUUUAGUACGAGUGAGGCACUCGGUGCAUGGCACGCAGAAAACCAGCCACUGGAUCCCAUGAUGCUCGGGGAAAUCAAAGGCUGCGUUAAGUGUGACCCGAAUUGUUCGAUGGAAGGAGAAGAAGUUGGUUACUGUAAUCACCCACUUCUGUUCGAUCUAACCAAUGAGGUACUGGUAGAUGUUUACGAAAGAUCCUAUAGUUACUACCCCAGAGUUUUAUCUCCAUUGUGCCACGUUCGUCCAAUGCCGACCGGACGCCAUGUGCUCGAGCAAGUGUGGGAAAGCAUAAGCUGGUAUUUGAGCUACAAAACCGGGUACGAUAAACCAUUGGAUUAUGUUGCCAGUAGAGAUCUAAUGGUAAAUGAUGGGUGGAUGAAUCUACAGGUCGAUCAUGAAAGCUUAGCGCUGGAGGUUGAAGAGCUUAUUUUCAAUGAUCUUUUAGAGGAAUUUUCUUCCUCAACUUGAUCCCUCAGUAUUAAAAAAUUUUUGUAACUUGAUUUGAUCGUGUAAUUACUACUUGCUUUACCCCAAACUUUGAAUGAGAUUAGGGAAAUAUAUGGACAUAGUUCUUGGUAAUAACUAUAAGAAACUAACCAUACUCUGUUUUCAUUAAUAUUACUUGGAAAAC